UAUACUUCAAUAAACCCCAUAGAAGGAAGGACUUUGAUGUGGAGGAAAAUUGCGGAAUAAAUAAGUAAAAAAGGCUAAGAGACAUAGUAGACCUCAUGAGUCUUUCCUCCCUGCUGCAAUCCUGUAUUCAACAGACCAAGGAGACUUUGAUCAGUAUGGUGGAUAUAGACGGACAAGGCCACAGGUUGGUGCACCUGGAUUUAAAAGGAGCACCACCAAGGAUAAAUUAUUAUGAACAGUUGUUUCCGCUCAUUAGAAGCUUUGGAGCCACUGGUUUGCUAAUUGAAUAUGAAGAUAUGUUUCCGUAUCAUGGCAAGCUAAAGCACUUACAGGCUCAAAAUGCAUACACACCAGAUGACAUUGCAAAACUCCACAGCAUGGCAGACGUUAAUAAUCUCAUUAUCAUUCCCCUGGUCCAAACAUUUGGACAUUUUGAGUAUGUCUUGAAGCACGAUGAGAACAGAGCUCUGAGGGAGGUGGAGCAUUAUCCUAAUGCUCUCUGUCCAACACACCCAGAUGCCUUCCCUUUGGUCACCAAGCUCAUCACACAGGUCCUGGAGCUCCACCCCAAAGACAAGCAUUUGCAUAUUGGAGCUGAUGAGGUUUGGCACAUUGGAAGAUGCCCUCGAUGCCAGGAUGAAAUGGAAACACACAAGAUGACCACAAAUGACCUCUUUCUAAUGUGGGUACUUAGGUUGGCCAAAUGGAUCAAGGCUAAAUAUCCUCAUCUAACGCUCAUCAUGUGGGACGAUAUGAUGCGACAAAUUCCUCUUGAGAGGCUUCUGAGUAGUGGAAUAGGUGAUGUCGUUGAACCAAUGAUAUGGCAGUAUCAUGCUAAAAAGUUUGACUUUCCUCCAGAUCUUUUCAGUCGAUAUGGAGCAGUUUUUGAUGGACUUUGGGUAGCAAGUGCUUUCAAAGGUGCUACAGGAAGUACACAGUUUUUACCCCCAAUCCAGCACCAUAUUAACAAUCAUCUGACAUGGAUAACAACUCUGGCAGAGCAUAAGCAUCAGUUCAAGAAGUGUUUUGGUGUAUGUAUCACAGGUUGGCAGAGAUAUGAUCACUAUGCUGUGCUUUGUGAGCUUCUGCCUGUGGGAAUUCCUUCACUUUGUUUGUGUCUCAGGGUUCUCACCCACGAGUCCUUCACUGAAGCAGAUCAUGACAGUGUUUCACAGCAGUUGGGAUUCUCUCACCGAAUUAAUGUCAUCCCAUUUCCCAGACCUCAGGUGAUAGAACAAGGAAUGCAGUUCCCAGGAUACAGAGUUUACAUUGGGGUCCAGAUGUGGUCUAACUUUGUAUGCAAGUAUCAGGCCAUUAGCAACUCUGAAGGAAUGUUGGGUUGGUUCAGUGACUACCAGAGGUCAAAAAACUUCACCAAUCCAGUUCAGGUGGAAAGUAUAAUGAAGCCUCUUCAGGAAGUUCUUCAGAAUUUGACAGAGCUUCGAUCCCAUUUCAUCCCUUGGCUGCUAGAGAUAUUUUACGAAGAUACGGUCGAGGAAUGGGUUGGCUCAUUUAUUGACCCUCUUCUAGAGAAAUUAUCCCAAGUAAUUGAAGAGUGCAGGAAACAGAUUAACAUUGGAGGAAGAGUGAAAAAUUACAAAAAAUUAGAAAGUUAAAGUGAGUAUAGGAAUAGGGAAAUAUAAUUUUCUUACCAGGAGGACUAUUUGCCAAUGUGUAAAUGCUGUUAUGGAAUUGAAUUAUGAAGCAAAUAAUUAUCCAAGUUCAGGAGUCAAAAUGUAACCACAACUUCAUUGUGAGUACUUUAUUUGCUUGAGGUCAUACUGGUGAAUGAGAUGCAAGUCUGAUUUGUGCUCAAGUAUUAAAGGAUGAUCAUUUGUACCACUGUAUGAUAUAAUUGUAUGAAGAAAAAUUUAAAUGGAAAGUAAAAAAUCUUGCAUAAAUAGUCAUCAUAAUGUUCUGUAAAUAAUACUAAACCUUUACAACUAUUUGAUAAGAAUGAAUCUGCAGUUUCUAGUUCCCCAAACUUGAAGAAUAAGCUGCUUUGUAUUUUGAAAAGUUUGUUAAAGUGGUGAUGAUUUUUCUACAUGAACCUGAAAUAUUUUUGUCCUUUAUCAUAUGAUGAUAUAAAUGUAACGUGGCUCACUCGGUUGAUCAAGUUUGUUUUUAUACUACAGAACUUCUGCAUCUAAGAGUUAGGAAAUAUAGAAGUGACAUUCUGUUUAAAACUUGGAUCCAGUUGUGGGGAAACCAUAGUCAAGGGAAAAUCUGAAUGCUGACAAAAAUGUAUAUUGUGAAUGUUUUUGUUAAACAUAUCAGUAACUUCAAAAUCAUUAUAAUUUACGAUGCUGAUGUUGUUAUUGUAAUGUGUUGCUAUGCAUGCAUAAAGUGAAUUGAGGGGAUCAUCCCUGGUGAGAUGGGGGAUUUUGGGCUGGAGAGGUCGAAAAUGAGUUAUGGUCAGUUUAAUAUUCGUAUACAAGUGUAGAA